GGAAGCGGAAGUGUAUCCUUUUCAUAAGAGGCUGGACUACGCCGAGUGGUGACGUUUCCUCAUUGGGCGGAAGGUUCGGUGGCAAUCGUCGGUCUUCCAGCUGGUGGGAGUUGGCGUCGUGGUGCUGGGCGCUGGAGCCCUAGUUUGUAUAGUUUGGGAAGUCGGGCUGUGGGAUCGCAUCUGUCUGUCUGAUCCCUGCUUUUCUUGGUUUCCUCCCACGUUGCGGGGGCCUCGCGAAGGAAUCCCCGGCCCCUUUGGGCCACAGCGGUAGCGGUGCCUUUUGCGGUGAGGAAAGUGAGGCUCAGAGAGAUUAAGUAACUUGCCCACAGUAACUCAGCCAGUAUGUAACAGAGCUGGGUUUGAAUCCAAGUCUGUCAGACUCCAAAGCCCAUGCUCUUUCCAGUACUUCACACUGCAGCAGAUUUUCUUGUAAUCACAUCUACCAAAGCCUUCAAGAUGGUACUAGCAGACCUUGGAAGAAAAAUAACAUCAGCAUUACGCUCAUUGAGCAAUGCCACCAUUAUCAAUGAAGAGGUAUUAAAUGCUAUGCUAAAAGAAGUAUGUACAGCAUUAUUGGAAGCAGAUGUUAAUAUUAAACUAGUGAAGCAACUAAGAGAAAAUGUAAAGUCUGCUAUUGAUCUUGAAGAGAUGGCAUCUGGUCUUAACAAAAGAAAAAUGAUUCAGCACGCUGUAUUUAAAGAACUUGUGAAGCUUGUAGACCCUGGAGUUAAAGCAUGGACACCCACUAAAGGAAAACAGAAUGUGAUCAUGUUUGUUGGAUUGCAAGGGAGUGGUAAAACAACAACAUGUUCAAAGUUAGCAUAUUAUUACCAGAGGAAAGGUUGGAAGACCUGUUUGAUAUGUGCAGACACAUUCAGAGCAGGAGCUUUUGACCAACUAAAACAGAAUGCUACCAAAGCAAGAAUUCCAUUCUAUGGAAGCUAUACAGAAAUGGAUCCUGUUAUCAUUGCCUCUGAAGGAGUGGACAAAUUCAAAAAUGAAAAUUUUGAAAUUAUUAUUGUUGAUACAAGUGGCCGCCACAAACAGGAAGACUCUUUGUUUGAAGAAAUGCUUCAAGUUGCUAAUGCUAUACAACCUGAUAACAUUGUUUAUGUGAUGGAUGCCUCCAUUGGGCAGGCUUGUGAAGCCCAGGCAAAGGCUUUUAAAGAUAAAGUAGAUGUAGCCUCGGUCAUAGUGACAAAACUUGAUGGGCAUGCAAAAGGAGGUGGUGCACUCAGUGCAGUUGCUGCCACAAAAAGUCCAAUUAUUUUCAUUGGUACAGGGGAACACAUAGAUGACUUUGAACCUUUCAAAACACAGCCUUUCAUCAGCAAGCUUCUUGGUAUGGGUGACAUUGAAGGACUGAUAGAUAAAGUCAAUGAGUUGAAGUUGGAUGACAAUGAAGCGCUUAUAGAGAAGUUGAAACAUGGUCAGUUUACGUUGCGAGACAUGUAUGAACAAUUUCAAAAUAUCAUGAAAAUGGGCCCCUUCAGUCAGAUCUUGGGGAUGAUCCCUGGUUUUGGAACAGAUUUUAUGAGCAAAGGAAAUGAACAGGAGUCAAUGGCAAGGCUAAAGAAAUUAAUGACGAUAAUGGAUAGUAUGAAUGAUCAAGAACUUGACAGUACUGAUGGUGCCAAGGUUUUUAGUAAACAACCAGGAAGAAUCCAAAGAGUGGCAAGAGGAUCAGGUGUGUCGACUAGAGAUGUUCAAGAACUUUUGACACAAUAUACCAAAUUUGCACAGAUGGUAAAAAAGAUGGGAGGUAUCAAAGGACUUUUCAAAGGUGGUGACAUGUCUAAGAAUGUGAGUCAGUCACAGAUGGCAAAAUUGAAUCAACAAAUGGCCAAAAUGAUGGAUCCAAGAGUUCUGCAUCACAUGGGUGGUAUGGCAGGACUUCAGUCAAUGAUGAGGCAGUUUCAACAGGGUGCUGCUGGCAAUAUGAAAGGCAUGAUGGGAUUCAAUAAUAUGUAAAGAAGAUGCCUUAAUAUAAACUGACUCAGUUGAUUACAUUAUUUGCUGAGACCUCAGAGUUUCCCUCCUUUUUGCAAACAGGAAAAAAAAAAGUAUUUUUCUUGCCUGUCUUGCUCUUUUUCUUCUUCUCAUCUUUUUUCCCCCUCCUUUUCUUCUUCCUUCCUUCUUUCCUCCUUCCCUUUGAUAUAAGGGAGGAAUAUAUAGUUUUUGUGGAAAUCAUUCUAUUUUUGCUUUAGAUUUUCUUCUGUUAGUGUUCACCACCUUAAUACUUCUUAAGUUAAACAAAUCAUGAUGUAAAAUUUAGUACUUAAAAGUUUUUAAUUGUCUCAAAGGCCAAGCAUUACAUUUGUAAACAGUCCUGGUCAGUAGUUACAUGAUGUCUCAAUAAAAGUGCUGUAAAAUAAACUUCAAACUCGUUAUAAAUUAAGGGGUUGUUAACUUUCUUAUGAUUUAAAUUUAUCAAUGUAUCACAUUAAAAGGCAGACAGAAAAACCAAUUGCUAUGUCACUUAAAACUAGUCCUACAUGUAUACCUUUAAUUGGAGAUAUCAUAGAAUAAUUUAACCAUUAGUAUUAGGGAUUUUUGUUUAACUUAGAAUAAUUACGGUAAUUUUGCCAUACAAAUCUUAGGCCUGCCAUUUAAAUUGAAAUUGUGAAUUUGGUUAGUUUACAAUAUAAUGUUUUGUAUAUAGCUUCCAUUUUCUUAUCUCAUAUUUUUGAAGACUUAAUGACAAUAUUUGGUUUUUUUUGAAAAGCCAAUUUUGUUUCUUACACACCAAAAAAAUCUGUUUGAUGAAACUGAUGUACUUUGUUAAUAGUUAAUGUAUAGACCUCCUAAUGGGAAAAUAAUUGCAUAUAUUAGGCUGUUAAUACAUAUUAAAAAUAAUGAGACCAUGACAAGGUUGAUCUGGUUGUUGGUUACUUUGGAUUGCUGCAUAGUACAUUUAGAAAAGUGGCUUUUAAAUAAGUUAUGAAAUUAAAAAUACUAGAAUAAUUAUUAUACUUAUUCAUUGUUGAUCAUGAAGACUAGAUAUGGUAUAGUUGUGUAUUUUGAGCUAUAGUGAAUUGAUCUUCAGCACAGGAUUGAUUUGUAGUAGUAGGAGAGGAUAUUUUUAUAGUAUUAAUUUUUUAUGACUCAAGCGUUUCAAAAAGAUCUUAUAAGCCAAAGUAUCUUUUAAAAAUAAUUACAAAAAGAGUACAACAGAUUUUCUUGUUUACUUGGGCACAGAUUUUUAUAUACCACUAAAUUAUUUUUACCAGCUAAAAAUUAGCAUACUCCUAUAAAACACUGUAUACCCUAUAUAAAUGAUGUAUCUUGUACUCUGCAGAAAUGUCAUAAGGUCCAGCUAUAGAAAUUUGACAAUGAGAAAAUGCUGUUUUCCAAAUUAGUUUCUAAUUAAACUGAUGCAUACCACCUUU